AUGUCAACUACUUACGUCAACGAAAAGAGCGGAGUAGAUUCUGCUGAUCACUCCGGAUCAGAGUCACAGCCAUAUGCAACAUCAGCAUACGCUUUGUUUAUCAACCCAGAAGCAAAAAUUUUUGUUUACAAGGAAACUGAUGAAGACAAGACUAAAUUUGCGUACACAGAGAUAUCACCCUCAGCAUUGAAAAAGGCUAAAAAGGGUGCUGAGGGUUUAAAAAAGAAAGCUGAAAAACAAUCCAAACUUCAGACUGAGAAGGAGUCAAUGCCAAAGGUUGCUGAUUUAGACUUGACCUCAAUUGAAGAGGACAAGUCCUUGCCAGCUGCAAAAAAGAUCAAAUUGAGAUCAAUUCAAGACAGUAUUGGAACAAGGGUACAAGUCAAUGGAUGGGUACACCGUUUGAGAGUACAAAAGGGCUUAGCUUUUAUAACGUUGAGAGAUGGUACGGGAUUCUUGCAAUGUGUUUUGACAGGAGAAUUGGCCAAGGCAAGACAAACUCAGGAAUUGACUAUUGAAUCAACGGUUCUGAUCAAAGGUGUCGUUUCCAAGUUACCAGAGGGGAAAACUGCACCAGGGGGUGUUGAAUUGAAGGCUGAUUACUACGAAAUUGUUGGUUUGGCCCCAAGUGGUGAAGACGCAUUCACAAACAAAAUCCAAGAAGGUGCUGAUCCUUCAUUGUUGUUGGAUCAACGUCAUUUGACUUUAAGAGGAGAAAGCAUUUCGGCAGUGAUGAGGGUUAGAGCCGCAUUCUUGCACGCAAUUAGAGAGUUUUAUAGAGAAGAAGGGUUGUUAGAGGUUACCCCACCUUGUAUGGUUCAAACACAAGUGGAAGGUGGGUCGACUUUGUUCAAAAUGAACUAUUACGGAGAAGAGGCUUACUUGACGCAAUCGUCGCAAUUGUAUUUGGAAACUUGUUUGCCAGCGUUGGGUGAUGUAUAUUGUGUCCAAGAAUCAUUUAGGGCUGAAAAGUCGCACACCAGAAGACACUUGAGUGAGUAUACACACAUCGAGGCAGAAUUGGCGUUUCUUACUUUCGAUGACUUGUUGAACCACUUAGAAAAAUUGAUCUCAAAAACAGUGCAAAGCGUAUUGGAGGAUCCAGUAGCUGGUGAAUUGGUCAAGCAAUUGAACCCCAAGUUUGAAGCUCCAAAAUUGCCCUUCAAAAGAAUGGAGUACGUUGAAGCUUUGGACUGGUUAAAUGAAAGAGGUGUCUUGAACGACGAAGGAAAGCCUUACUCGUUUGGUGAUGAUAUUGCCGAAGCUCAAGAAAGAAAAAUGGUUGAUACAAUCAACCAACCUAUAUUGUUAACCAGGUUCCCAGUAGAGAUUAAAUCUUUUUACAUGCAAAAAUGUCAAGAUGACCCAAGGGUGACUGAAUCUGUUGACGUUUUGAUGCCAAAUGUUGGUGAAAUUACAGGAGGUAGUAUGAGAACUGUGGAUUAUGACGAGUUAUUGGCUGGGUUUAAGAGAGAAAACAUUGAUCCUUCCGCUUAUUAUUGGUUCUUGGAUCAACGUCGUUAUGGUACAUGUGAGCACGGUGGUUAUGGUCUCGGUACUGAAAGAAUCUUGGCUUGGCUUUGUGAUAGAUUUACAGUUAGGGAUUGCUCUUUGUAUCCAAGAUUUACUGGUAGAUGCAAGCCAUAG